GCACGGGGGGGCGGCGGCGCUAGCGGCGGCUCCUCCGCGUCCUGCUGUCCCGGGAAAGCGCUGCCUGCUGGCGGGCGAAGGCCAAGAUGGAUCCCAACAGGAUCAUCCAGGCGCUGAAGGGCACCAUAGACCCCAAGCUGCGCGUCGCCGCCGAGAACGAGCUCAACCAGUCCUAUAAGAUCAUCAACUUUGCUCCAAGUCUGCUGCAAAUCAUAGUAUCCGACCAAGUUGAAUUUCCAGUGCGUCAAGCAGCUGCCAUUUACCUGAAGAACAUGGUGACCCAGUACUGGCCGGACCGUGAGCCACCUCCUGGAGAAGCGGUUUUUCCGUUUAAUAUUCAUGAAAAUGAUCGUCAGCAGAUUCGGGAUAACAUUGUAGAAGGAAUAAUUCGUUCUCCUGACUUAGUGAGAGCCCAGCUGACAAUGUGCCUCCGUGCUAUCAUUAAACACGACUUCCCUGGCCAUUGGACAGCAGUGGUAGACAAGAUAGGAUACUACCUGCAGUCUCCAAACAGUGGGAGCUGGCUUGGGAGCCUCCUGUGCCUCUAUCAGCUGGUGAAGACUUAUGAGUACAAAAAGGCAGAGGAGAGAGAUCCUCUCAUAGCAGCCAUGCAAAUAUUUUUGCCUCGGAUUCAGCAGCAGAUGAUCCAGCUUCUGCCUGAUAAUUCCCAUUAUUCUGUACUGCUUCAGAAACAAAUCUUAAAAAUCUUCUAUGCUCUUGUUCAGUAUGCAUUGCCACUCCAGUUGGUGAAUAACCAGACUAUGACUCAGUGGAUGGAGAUCUUCCGGACUAUCAUUGAUAGAAAUGUACCACUGGAGACUUUGCAAAUUGAUGAAGAUGAUAGACCAGAGCUGGUGUGGUGGAAAUGCAAGAAGUGGGCAUUGCAUAUUGUAGCUCGUCUCUUUGAACGAUAUGGAAGUCCUGGAAAUGUAACUAAAGAAUACUUUGAAUUCUCAGACUUCUUUUUAAAAACCUAUGCUGUGGGCAUACAACAGGUUCUCUUAAGAAUCUUAGACCAGUACAGGCAAAAAGACUAUGUUGCGCCACGUGUUCUUCAGCAGACGUUGAAUUAUCUGAACCAAGGGGUGAUUCACUCUGUAACAUGGAAGCAAAUGAAGCCACACAUACAGACUAUAACAGAAGAGGUGAUAUUCUCUCUAAUGUGCUACAAAGAUGAGGAUGAGGAGCUCUGGCAAGAGGAUCCAUAUGAGUAUAUCCGCAUGAAAUUUGAUGUAUUUGAGGAUUAUGCAUCCACAACAACAGCAGCACAGAAUCUCCUUUACACUGCUGCGAAGAAGAGGAAAGAGGUAUUACCAAAAAUGAUGGCAUAUUGCUACCAGAUUCUGACAGAGCCAAACAUUGAUCCAAGGAAAAAAGAUGGAGCUUUGCAUGUUAUAGGAUCCCUAGCAGAUAUUUUACUAAAGAAGAGUGUCUUCAAGGAUCAAAUGGAGCUGAUGUUACAGAAUCAUGUGUUUCCCUUGUUCAUGUCUAACCUGGGAUACCUCAGAGCUCGAUCCUGUUGGGUACUUCAUUCAUUCAGUGCUUUGAAAUUUCAGAAUGAACUAAACUUGAGGAAUGCAGUAGAGCUGGCAAAGAAGAGCCUGAUUGAUGAUAAGGAGAUGCCUGUCAAAGUAGAAGCAGCCAUAGCCCUUCAGACCUUAGUAAGCAACCAAGAGCAAGCCAAGGAAUAUGUGAAGCCUUAUGUAAGGCCAGUGAUGCAGGAGCUCCUGCACAUUGUCAGAGAGACAGAAAACGAUGAUCUCACAAAUGUAAUCCAGAAGAUGAUCUAUGAGUACAGCCAGGAAGUUGCUACUAUUGCUGUGGACAUGACUCAACACCUGGCUGAAAUAUUUGGUAAAGUACUUCAGAGUGAGGAAUAUGAGGAAGUAGAAGACAAAACGGUUAUGGCCAUGGGCAUCUUGCACACAAUUGACACAAUCCUGACAGUUGUGGAAGAUCACAAGGAGAUCACUCAACAGCUUGAGAGCAUUUGUUUACAGAUCAUUGGCCUUGUUUUGCAGAAACACGUUAUAGAAUUUUAUGAAGAAAUUCUGUCCUUGGCCUUCAGCUUAACAUGCCAGAUGAUUUCACCUCAGAUGUGGCAGCUUUUAGGUGUUCUGUAUGAGGUUUUCCAGCAGGAUUGCUUUGAAUACUUUGCAGAUAUGAUGCCUCUCUUGCAUAAUUAUGUGACCAUUGACACUGAUACUUUACUGUCUAACCCAAAGCAUUUAGAAAUCAUUUACUCUAUGUGUAAAAAGGUACUGACAGGAGAUGCAGGAGAAGAUGCAGAGUGCCAUGCAGCCAAACUCCUAGAAGUGAUUGUUCUUCAGUGCAAAGGACGGGGUAUUGACCAGUGUAUUCCCCUAUUUGUGGAGGCUGUUCUGGAGCGCUUGACUCGAGGAGUUAAAACAAGUGAGCUUCGUACCAUGUGUCUUCAAGUUGCCAUAGCUGCACUCUACUACAAUCCUGACCUACUUUUGCACACCUUGGAGAACAUCAGAUUUCCACACAAUCCUGAACCCAUCACUGCACAGUUCAUAAAUCAGUGGAUGAAUGACACAGACUGUUUUUUUGGACUCCAUGACAGAAAGAUGUGUAUAAUAGGACUGAGUAUCCUAAUGGAAUUGCAGAACCGACCACCUGCAGUGGAUGCUGUGGCUGCUCAGAUUGUUCCUUCAAUCCUCCUCCUCUUCCUGGGCUUAAAACAAGUUUGCGCCUCACGAGAGCUCACAGAACAUGAGGAUCAUGCUAAAGAUGAAAAACACUUUGCAGAAGAUAAUGAAGAGAUACCAAGUGAUGAGGAUGAGACAAAUCAAGUGAGCCAGGCAAUGCAAGAGAACCACGGUGGAGGAGGAGGUGGCAGUUCUGGAGGUGGAGAGGAAGAGGAUGAAGAUGAUGAUGAUGACUGGGAUGAAGAUGCAUUGGAAGAGACUGCUCUUGAAGGGUUCAGCACACCUCUUGACCUUGAAAAUGGCGUUGAUGAAUACCAGUUUUUUACACAAGCACUUCUAACGGUGCAGAGCCGGGAUGCAGCCUGGUACCAUUCCCUGACCUCGCCCUUGAGUGAGGAUCAGAAGAAACAGCUGCAGGAGAUUUACACAUUAGCAGAGCACCGGAGAACUGCUGCAGAGGCUAAGACAAUAGAACAACAAAGUGGCUACACAUUUGACAACAAAGGACUGAUCACAGCAUUUAAUUUUGCUGGAAAUACUCCCGGUGGCAACUGAAGGAUCGGCUACAAAGGUCAAUGGGAAGAGUCUCAUCAUUACAUUUUCUUGAAACCAUCAUGACUUCUGAGUGAUGGGGAGGGUAAUUUAAUGCUGCUGAAGGUUUUCUGGAAAAUAGCGGUGUGCUUCCCCCACCAGAAUGCUCUUUCUAACCAGCUACUGUAAUGUACAAAUUCUUGUGGUGUUUUUAUAAUUUGAUGGACUGAAAGGAAACGUUCGUCCUCAAGGAACCUGGAUGACCGGGAGGGGCCAGGCUGCGUCUAAUUGAGUUGCACUUCUCAGGUUUUUGCUGUGCAGAAUUAAUAGAUUCAUAUGGAUAACAGUGCCUUCUGUUGUACAUGGAUUGCCUGAACAAAUGGAUUUUGGAGUGCAUUAUAAUUUUUUAAGUGUAAGGACAUUUCUUGAUACACUGUAAGCCUUGGUUCCAUGUUUUCCAAUCACCUGCUGUUCACGGUUCGGUUUAAUUGUUUGUUGGUUGCAUACAAAUUGCUGGGUUCAGAAUAUUAGCACAUCUUCCUUAUUUGGUGCAGACCAAAUGUGUAGAGGGAAGUGUCUGUUGGAGUUGCAAUGCAUACACUGGUUAUGUCAAAGGGUCUUAACAACGUGGCAGAUUUUCCCUGGAUGCAGUAGUCUUAAAUUGUUUCUCUUAGCCAUGAAUUCAACUCACUUGAGUUACAGUGGCUUGCCUGGCAGGUGGCUACCCUAAACCUACAUCAAUAUUAGCUCCUGCCUGGACAAGUGGUGUGGCCCUCUCAUGUAGAUGUUCUACAUGACAUUUUAUUUCUGCUUUUAUUGAUAGAUAUUGGAUUAUACUUGGGAUAAUCUCUUUGGUUUUUAUUCAUUCAUUACCAUUCCAGUGGUAGUACUGAAUAAUGUGGUACAAAAUAUUUGCAAUAUUUUAUUUAUUUUGAUAGAAGGAGAACAGCUCCAAACUUACUGUUACACUCUGUCAUGGUAUUUCUGAUCUGCAUUGCAGUUGGUUAUUCUUGUUCCAUGCUGAAAUUUCCUUAUUUGACAGAUUCUUUUUCCUAAAUUUUGAAGACUGAUUUCACCAGUGGAGGUAUAGACUAGAUAUUAGGAAAAAUUUCCUCAUGGGUUGAUCACAAAUUGGGACAGUUUGCCCAGGGAAGUGGGAAGAAUCAACAUCCCUGAACUGUUUUAACAACACAUAUAUCUCGCACUUAGGGACAGGGUUUACCAGUGAACAUGGGGUUAAGAGUUGUGCUUGAUCUUAGAGGUCUUUUCCAACCUAAAGGAUUCUGUAGAACAAAGUGUUUGUGGAGAAGUUCAUUUAGAGAGGAAGUGAUAGCAGUACUAAUUUGAAUAGGUGCCCCUCCUUUAGGUCUACUGGAAUCACAGUGAUGUAGCAAAAAGCAGUAGGGGUGCAUUAGAAUGUGAACUUUGGAUUGGAGAUAAAACGUUUAGACCACAUUUUGUCUCUAUGUGUUAAUUUCUUUAUGAUUUAAAAAUAUUCACCAAUCAAUUUUAAACACAUACUAAUAAUCUAUAUCUUUACAACAGUGUCUCAAAUAAAGUCUUUCCCAUACCCCAUAAAAUUUUCCACAACUACAGUAAAUUACAGACUGCUGGCCCUGUGCAGUGUUGAAGCUUUCAUUUUGUCAUUCUGGUUGAGUGUGAUAAAUCUGAAGCUCUCUGUGCCUUGGCUUCUGGAAAAGGCCAGAGGAUCUCUACCUGUUCCCUCGGGAAUUUUCCCAGCCUGGCAGCUGUGGGGCAGAAUGUUCCCUCUAUGCUUUCCUGUUUUCUGCAACUUUGUGUCAGACUCUAAGGCUGUUUCUAUGCUGCUGCUUUUUUCCUUUUUUUGCCUUUCCUCAGCAGCUACAGAGUCAAGUUACCUGGUUCAUGUAGCUUUUUCAUUGAUGCUACUUAAUGGCAACAGUGCAUAUGUCUCUUUUUUAGGCCUGUUGUGCAAAAUUGUGAGAAUUCCAGGCUUAGUAUUUCCAAAAGGGAACAAUCUGUUGAGCUUCAUUGGACAUGCUCUUUAAGGUCAAACAGCAGAGGGCCAGGAUAUCCUUAAUUUUGAAUGUCAGGUUAUGAAAAUUACAGGUCACUUGCUAAUUUAGGCUUGGGGGUGUAUUGACUGAGACUGUAAGUAGGAAAGCAAUAUAUCCAAUUUGUUGGGGAGUUUAUCAGAAACCACAAAAUUUUUAAAAUCAUUCGCAAAUUUAAGAAAUGGUUUUUGGAUGUUAAGGGCGCUGGUGACUUCUCUCUUACCUGUCAAUUGAAGUUAGGUAUUAGGCAGGUAAACUGUUUAAGCCCUUUAUUUUUUUAUUAAAAGAAACAAGACUGUCAGGUUGUGUUUCUUUCAAAGCCCAUUUGCCUUCUCUAUACUGGCAUGCAGAGUAGAAGAUGGAUUUAUUUUUCUUCUGCUAAUGAGAUUGCUUGCACAGUCACAGGCUAAUAUUUAGGAGUUGAUGUGUUCAAGGUAAAAUCUGCUUUUACAUAGCAUCAUCUUGGUGUCACUCAUCUGAACCGUGGCUGCUCCCUAGUUCUGCUUCUUGUAUACUUUUCAAAUCAACUGCUCAGAAAAUUUCAUCCAGAUGUUUCAUACAAGAGUUUAAUCAGCAGUGUGGAGUUGGGAAUCUUUGUUAUCUCUUUUGCAGUGGGGUCAGAAAUGUCUGAGGGAAUGGCAUGUAAAAAGGUUAAAUGCCUUUCCCUUCCCAGAAGAUUCAUGAGCAAAUGUUUCUACCGGCAAAAGCAAAUGUUAAUUAUUUUAUUCCUUUUUUUUUUUGAAAAGGGUUUUCAUCCAAAAAGAUUUAUUGGGCUCUGGCCUCCACUUAAGCAUAUGGUUUUCUUUUAACAUGAUAAAUACCCAUUUGUACACGAUCAUAAAUAGGUAAUGGAUUUUUGGUGUUUCUUUCUGAGCUGUGUCCAGCUUUGUACUCUAUUAAAGGGAGAAUAAUACAAAUGUGCAUUUAUUGUCUCACUUUGAAGCCGAGGUAAUCAUGGAAUAUCGGAUACCAGCACUGCCAACCAAGCAUGAUGUAUUUGACAUUGGAAGGACAGAGAAUCAUGAAUGUAUUGCAAAAUAAAACAAAGGCUGAUAACUGGUGACUUAUAUUGCCCCAUGCCAUAUUCACAAAGUGUGAAGAUGAUCCAUGUGGGCACCACAGUGGCUUUUCAUAGGAAAUUAGUGUUACGGGGGUUAUAAUCAUAGCAACUUACAUAAGCUGCUUUUCCAGAUAAAAUUAACUGAUCCUGGGUGUUGAACUGCAUAUGCUCUUUUGUCACUUGUGAAAGGAAAAUAAGAAUCACUGCAUGUUUGGCUGCCUCUUUUUGCUGUCUCUCUCUCAGCAUUGAAGUACAUUGCUUGCUUUCAUUACAAAGCAGAAGCUUUAAUCACAAUGGCCAGCCUCCAGGAAGAGUGCAGAAUAUCAAGCUGAGGAAAAGGUUAAAAAAUCCCAAACCUCAACAAUCCUCCAAAAGCCACAUGUGCACAAUCUGACUGAAAUGAAUGUGCUUUGGGAGUGUUAAGUCAAAAUAUUUAAAGAAUGUCACACAAAAUGGUAUUGUGAGAUUCUUUGCUUUAGGGAAAAAGGCUGCCUGUGGGGUGCCAGGGAGCAUGAAAUGCUCUGCUUUAGGAUAUGCUGUUUGCCUGUGAAGUCCUGGCAGUUAGUGACUCUGGAUUCCAUCCUACAUUGUAGAGGAGAGAUAGUAGGGCAGUAGAGGAUUUUUUUUUCUUACUGCAAAGCCAGAGUCUGUCUUGAGAUUGUCUUGAGCCAAAGGAAUUGUAGACAACAUGAAUUAUUAACUGUCCUAUUUCCAGAAUACUUUUCUUCUUUUUCUUCCCUCCUUUUCUUCUUUUGUCAGCCAUGAUGUUACUGGAUAUUUCAGGGAGCUUUCAAAAUACCUGAAAAGGUAAACCUUAAACAAUUUUUAUAAAAUCUUUUUUUUGAAGCAAUGCAAUUUAUCAGUUGCAUUUCUCUGUGUAGAACCGUCUCUCAUUUGGCAUACACAGAUGAUACAGAAUUUCAAAAACCCCUCACUUGUGCCUGGGGUUUGAUGAGCCUCUCUGAGAUUUACUUCUUAAUGUGGGCACUUUGAAAUCCCCAUACCAUGUACUGAAAUUUUCUCAAAGGAUAGGCAAAAGUGCACUGUAUAAUGAAGUUUUCAUUCUGAGAUCUUCUGUUAAUAUUUGGCAGUCUGGUGCUCAGCUCCUCAAGGACCUCUGUCUCUGAUUGAGGACAUUCUUUGAGUCCAAGAGUCUGUCUCUACAGGGAGGCAGAGAGUCGAUUUUUCUUCACUGCAGAACAGCAUACAGCAGGCAUGGCUAUGAACUCCUUAAUCUUAGGAGUGAAAAUAGCAUUCUUUUCUCGGGGAUAUCAGCUUUUAAUCCCAGGUGGGAUGCAGCAGAGAUGCACGUUCCAUUGUGUUUAAGGAAACCAGACACUAUUCCAGAUACCAGAAAUUCUUAGCAUAAAGCCAUAUCAUAAAGAGGAUGUGUGAACAGGCCAAGCUACUUGCUUUGGAUACCUCUUCCACUGCUACUGCUUCUGUAAAACCAAUCAGGGAAAGCCAGUGUAAAAUGAAAGAAGAAUGAAAGCAGUGCUGGAGCACUAGACAGGCAGAAACUUUACUGGCCUAUGGAUCUAUUUCUGAUACUCACUUCAAAUACACACAGAUACUCUUCAAAUACGAUAUACAUCAUCUAUAUGGAUGUCAGUACCCUGACUGACAGCCACUAAUGUGAGAUGAAGAGUUAAUGUGAUUUUUCUCUGGCAGAAAUCAGAUACGUCCCUUUAAAAACACUGGAAACUGCUUGUCCUGACUGAAAAGCAGUCACCAACAUGAGACACACAGUGGGAUUACAAUCUCUCUUAAAGAUUGUCAGCAUACCUCCUAAAGGGCUACUGAAAGUGCUCUUUGUCUAGGGAGCUGGCCAAUGAACUCUUCUUGGACUAGAAGAGUUAUGGGGAGCACCAAUACUGAGAGAAUCUGCAGGCAUAUAUGUGGUUGUGAUGAACUGGGAAAUGAUCCAUCUAAAUUCAGGGGAUGCUUUUGAUAUGAUCUGAGAUCUGAAGCAUCCCCAAUGUUAAGUCUUCAAGAGAAGUGUCCAAGAACUUUGUCCCGUGCCUGCCUUUGGGAAGAGAAUGUACUUGAGCAGCCCCAAAUUUGGUGGAUGCUUUGAAUUUGAGAUCAGAAAAUAAUUUUGAUUACAAGUUGUUUGUAACAGAAAAAUGAGAUGGAAGUGGUAUAUUAAUGCUAGAAUUCUCUUUGUAGGUUGUAGAGAGGUUCACAGUUUAAGUGUUUGGCUCUGUUCAUGGUGGGGUAGGAAUUAAACUUUCAGAUACCUGGAUUUCUGCAACAUGAAUACAACAGUGUCAGCUGCAGGAUUCACCUGGGAGAGUGUCAGUCAGGGGCUACCUGCUGGAGCAUCUGGGUUGUGUUACAUGAAAUGAAAUGCAAAAACUGUAAGAGUACUUGAUAGUUAAAGCAGUUGAGCAACAAAAAUUUUCUUGAAAUGAGAUUUUGAUAUUAUUCUCAGGUACAUUUUAAUUUUCAUGUUUUGUGCCCUUAUACAAAAUACAAAAUUUCUGCACAACAUAGAGGUCUGUUCAUUUCUCACAGAACUGUUUACCAUUGAAGGUGUCUAUCCAAGAAUUGUUCCUCAUUUUUAGGUGUUUUCAACAUGUUUGUUAGUGAAGUUGCAUAUAUCCUUUUUUCACCACUUUUCAUGCACAGAAAUCUUGGAAAUGAACAGUGCUUUGGAAAGAAAGGAUUAUGUAUAAGCAGGUUAUUUUUAGAAAACAACUGUGGCUUCUGAAAGAAAUACAAAACCGUAAAUAUUUAUACAAAAGUGCAUGAGGUAAAGAAAUUAAUGUAAGACAAUAUAAGCAAGAUCCAUUCUUUGAUCACAGCUGUAAUGUUUAUUUUUCAUUGCCAAAUAGUGUGUGAUACUUGCUUUUGAUUGCAUGUGCUGUUGGAAUAACACCUAACAUAAAUCACAUGUAAUGUUUUGGGGACUCAAAAAGAGACCAAAGAGGCCAUACACAUUUCUUUUGAUACUAAAAGCAAAGAGAUGAGCCCAGGACUGCUGUGACUGGAGGGAGCCUGCUAUGUGCUACAUUAGCAGAUUGAAUUGCAGGAUCAUCACCUUUGUAAAAAGCCUGAAAUACUACACUGUUGGUUGGCUUUGAGGGCAAGAAUUGACAAAUGCAAAGCAUGCAUUGAUGACAAGAACAACCUCUUCCUAGCUUAAAGAAUUCUGUACAGUGUUCUCUUAAGCUGUGCUGAAUUUGCUUUAAAAACAGUAAUAAAUCUUAUUGCUUAGGUUGAAUGUUACAUCUGUUGUGCAUUUAUAUGGGAAGAAUAAUAUUUCUUAGAAAAUGUAACAUGCCACCUACCACGGAGCCAAAUCUCAUUUUAUAGCUGCUUUUCAUGCAGCCAUAAAACUUCUUUGCAAGAACACCCGAGAAUUAAUUUUAAACAAAUGUGUGUGUUAUCCAGAGGAAUAUGUGCAUUUGUAGCAGUGUAUUUGUUAAUCUCUGACUCGUGAAGGCAGCUGUUCACUUAGACACAUUGGCUGUGAAGGAACAUAACCGAUGUUUGAUGCAGAACAUCCGAACACAAUUCUCAAAAUACCAAACUAGUGAAGAUAGUCAUCUGCACCAGAGCUUUGACCAGUCUUCUGUGCAUGGAAUUCAUAAAGAAGACACUUUUACCAGGCUUCCACAGGACAAGAAAUGAAUUUUCCAGGCUGGAACUGCAAGCCUGGUAUUUGUAUCAGUGGAAUAUUUCUCUGGUGGUGAGUUGCACUGAUUGAUAAUGCUUGUCCUUUACUGGAUGGGCCACUUCUGUGUAUCCUCCACAGUCUACCUCUCUAAAAGCAGUGCUUAGUGGUCCAUGUUUUUUAACUAGGGAGGCUGAAUUAAUGAAGUUUGCCCAAAGCCGUAGCAACGUGUUGCAGCUGGCAUGAGAAAUCGAAAUUCUGGCUCUGUGUAAGUACCUGAGAGUUUUGCUAUUGGCUCUAACCAAGCUAGGAUUUUACCCAUGCAAUUUGCUAGGUCCUGGUGUUUGGAUCACUGCUAACACCUUCCACAGAAGCUCUGCCAGAACAUAAUUUAUGAAAUUGCUCAGCAACAGCAAGUUCCACUAUUGAACUGUGGUUUUAAUCAGUCUAGCAGUGACACUAUUUAAUUGCAUUUUGUGUGGGUUGCUUGGUAUGACAAGCUGUCCUGGAGAAAAAAUGGUUCUCAGCACGGUGAUGAAUGACAUCCCAAUUGCUAAUUCCCCUUGAGGCUUUGAAGUGAACCUGAUGGAUUGGAAGCAGAACUCCAGAUGACUGGCAGUAUCAUCUGGGCCAUAUGUGAUGGUGCAGGUGGGGAAGCCCCUCUGCAGGUAUUUACAAAUAUCCUGGGUUGGUUGUGAGCUUGUAGAUUGUGAUUUCCACUUCUAACAGGCUCUAAAGAGUGUAUGUGUUUCUGAAGUAAAUAUUUGGCUCCUGUGCUGCCUCCUGCCCUCU